AAAAGCACAAACACUUUAGCCCCAAACACAAACAGUCGAACGCAAGCACUGAAGCACAUACCUCGUCGUCUCCGCCUUCUUCUCCGACGAGUGCGCCUUCUCGUGGAGUUCACUGCCGCCCUCCGAUCGACGCGCCUCCGCCUCGCCGUCGCCGUCGCCACCCCUCGCCUCCGCCUCGCCAACGCCGGAACCCUUGCCGCCGCGUGUGGCCGACCAUCGUCGACAGCUCGGGGACUGGGUUCGCUCGGCGAUCAUGGCACUCGCUUCUCGCCUCGUUUCCAAGUCCCGGCAGGUUAAAAGUUAAGUUGAAGCAGCUAGCUGAGCAGUAUUUGCUUUCUGAACAACAUCACGAACAGGAGGAACUUCUCCCCGUCCUCUCCUUGCGUUUCAUUUGCAUCUGCGUAGUACUCAAAUGGACAACUACUGCCUAGAUAAAGUUCAUAAAUUUGAGGAGUUUGUUGAUCGACGUCUGAAACCAGAUCUUGUUCGUGCCAUAUCCGAGCGGGAUAAGGUUUUUGAACAACAGAAGACUUUCUCAGAUUUACGAAAGAACAUUGAGAAUCUUCAGAAGAAUAGUGUAACUAGUCUUAGGACAUUGGUCAACCUUGGUUCUGAGGUGUACAUGCAGGCGGAGGUGCCAGAUACGCAACACAUUUUUGUAGAUGUUGGACUAGGAUUUCAUGUGGAGUUUACAUGGUCUGAAGCUCUGAAUUACAUAUCCCUAAGGGAAGAGAAGUUAGCCAGGCAAAUAGAAGAGUACACUCAUCAUAUUGCAUCAAUUAAGGCACAGAUAAAGAUGGUAUGCGAGGGAAUCAGGGAGUUGCUUCAACUUCCUGCCGAAGCGACCCUACAGGAGCCCAUAUUUUGAUGCCAAAUAAAAAUUGUCUAGCUAGGUACAGAGAACGUGCGUGGUUAAGAAAUGGUGCCACAGAUAAUUUACUAGAGAUGAAUUUCCACGCAACAUGUAAAUCAAGAUUUUAGAGCAGCAAUACCUUGUGCUUCUACCCUCUAAAUUCCAGUGUGUAGGAUUGUUGGGGCCAUCAGCAUAUUCGUUCUCUGGCCUUUUUACAGCCCGACUACCUUCACCACUAUAAAGAGCGUCCGAGUGAACUUGGAAUCUGCCUCACAAUUCUAUGAGGCAUCAAUUUAAAGUUUUGGCAUUCUUUUAUUGUUCCUGGUCACGUCUUUGAAUACAUUGAGUAGCUAUGGUGAUCUGAUAAAUACUACGUUUGUAGCUUUAAUUAGUGUAAACUUGUAGCAAGACAUUUUCAUACUCA